GCGUUUUCCAACAGGUCUCCAUAUUUUGGCGAUCUGAUCUUAGCGGACAAACACCCUCUUCCUCCGCCUCGUCCUAAGUCCUAACGUUCCAUCGCAGCCUGUUCAGAGUUGCCAGCACCGGGGGUUCAUCGGGUGGGUCCAGCCAACUGUCCCGCUGCGUUCGGAUCCGGCGUCAUUCCAGACCAACAACUUUCUUCUUCUUCUUUCCUCUGCCGAUUACGACGGUCCGUUAACCUUGACUGGCAUUCUUCCCCUCCCGGAAACUCAACUCUCUUCGUCUGCUCCUCUUAAACCCCUUAUUCACUCCCCUGUCUUUCUUCAACUUCAGAAUGGACUACACCAUGGAGGACACUCAGAACUCGGCUCCUGACGCCCACGAAGCGUCCAAGCUUAACCCCUCAGCCCAGAGGACCGACAUCCAAGGCGUCACCAAGCGCCUCCAAGCCGAACUGAUGCAGCUGAUGCUCUCCCCCUCCCCGGGAAUCUCGGCCUUCCCAGACGCCGACGGCAACCUCCUAUCCUGGACCGCCACCAUCAGCGGGCCUACCGAGACCCCUUAUGAAGGCCUCACCUUCCGACUCUCUUUCGCUUUCCCUAGCAACUACCCCUAUGCUCCGCCCACCGUCCUCUUCAAGACUCCCAUUUACCACCCCAACGUCGACUUCUCCGGCCGCAUCUGUCUGGAUAUCCUGAAGGACAAGUGGAGUGCCGUCUACAACGUGCAGAGUGUCCUCCUCAGUCUGCAGAGUCUCCUAGGCGAGCCCAAUAACGCGAGCCCCCUCAACGCCCAAGCCGCCGAACUCUGGGACACCAACCAAGAGGAGUACAAGCGCCACGUUCUGGCCCGCCACCGCGACAUCGAAGACAUCGAGUAAAUAUUUGUCUACGAUCGUCCAUUCGGCUGUUCCCGCAAACAUGGAACGGUCCGACUUGCAUUGCAUGAGAUCGGGGUCUGUGCGUUUGACUUGGGGGCAACGGUUGCAUGGUGCAUUCUGGCCUCGUCGCGGAUGACGACAGAGCCGGAAGUCAUGAUUUGUUCUUUGCACCGAUGAUUUUCAGGAGUUCAUGGGUUGGGGUGGGUUACGUUUGGGACCACGGUUGGAAUGGAAAUACAGGAGCCCCCGCGUGUCCCGGGAAUAAAUACCCUGCUUUGUUUUGUUGUUGUCGCUGCUGCUGUUACUGUUGCCAGUGGUUUCGUUUUUAUUCUUACGUGGCCAUGAUGUUGAGGUUCCUUGGUAGCUUCUUCCUACUACAUAGUCCAAGGCUGUCACUUGAACAAAGGUAGCUUCAUUUGUAUCUCUUGGAAUAUGAGAUUGUUUAUACUACUAGUACCAUGUUGAGUCUUUAACGCACAUACAUGACA